CUGCUGACCCGCACUGGCGGAUUCCAACAGGAAUCUGGGGAACUCAAACUUGACAUCGACGGCCCGGCAUGGCUGUGCAACAAGGAGGUAGAACUCACCGAGUUCGAGGCCAAACGGCAGGUUUAUCUCGACCUCGUGCUGUACGGGAAUAUAGAAGAGCAGCGCAUGGACGAUCUACCCGCCCGGACGCCUUCUGUCAGCCUCGAGGAGCUUCUGCUGAAUAUUGAGAGAGGUGUUGUCGACCGUUGUAUUCUGGGCCGUCAUACCGAGGGACCUCUGCAAAGGGAUUACUAUAGACCACGCAACUUGACCAGCGGUGGCACAUUCAAUAUGAAGAACCGGGAAAAUUUCAACGUUGAACGAAAGUUGCUCCUCGCAAUACUGGAAAUCUACCAGGAUCUAUGGAACUCGUGCUACUCGGACACGCCUGCGUCCAUGGAUCAGAAUGACACCGUCAAUGACGCAGCCGACUUCGUCAAGACAUACUUCAACGAAGGAGCGACUUUCAAUUGGGUGGCUAACCCGUUGAUUGAUCACUACAUAACAAGACUCGGCCAAGAUCUUGCGGAUGCCGCUGCCAAGAGAGUUGAUCCCGAACAAAUUACCCAGGGAGAACUACCUAUCGUCUCGAUUCUCAGCACCUCCUCCCUCGGCGGGCACCUUUCUCAGGCAUAUUCGAACUGGAUGUGCUUGGGAUUUCCACCGCAUAGACUUGCUGAGCUCGGUGUCACGUGGGAUCGUAUUCGAAAGAAAGAGAAGUGCAACGAAUACCGAAAGACAAUGGCGAGCGCGAACAUCCGGCAAGAGUUUUGCUUCGGCAUACAUACACCCGGAGUCGUCUCGGUCGUUCUUUUCAAAGGGGAUUUACCAUCAACAAUCACCGACGUCGAUCCGAGCGUACUGGAGAGGAUUGGGUGGUUUCCAGUAUCGUCGAUCGAUGAAAGCCUUGGGUACUGGCAGUAUGAUUAUUGCAGCCCGUACUCUCUGGCUAACAAACAGGCGGAAAAGGCGCUUUUCCGCGUCACGAUGGAUAGCGAAGUCCUCGGGAUGUACCUUCCUAAUGGUGAAUGGCUUGCUUGGGAGGAAGAAAUGGGAAUCAGCACUCAUCGCACGGGAGCCCUCGUGUAA